AUGGCGUCCUCCUCCGAUGUGCGCGACAUUCUGCAGUUGCCGGCGCCCGGGGAAGACGCGGGCCCAAGCACAACGAGCUCCAUUAGGGCAGCGGUGAACGCUGAGAAGUCAAAGGAGAAGAAGGGCGACGCUCUUACCCGGGAACUCCUCUCUCUAACCGGAGGCGCACCUCCAGUUGUUAUCGCAAAGAAGAAAUAUAAAGCAAGACCAAACUUCAGUAAGCAGAUUACCGUGUCACCAUGGGUGUGGAAACCUUUCAAGAAUCCCGCGCGGAAAGACGAUCUGGAGCUGCAUCACUGGGUGAAGGCGUCUGAUGAAGCAGACUACUACUUUGCGACGUUCAACAAACAGGUGGAAGUAGUUCAAUAUGAUGACGCGGAGUACGACGCACACGUAAAAAAUCUCUUGAUGACAGCGUCGACGCCAUGGACCAGGGCCGAGACAGAUCACCUAUACGGACUUUGUAAAACAUUCGAUUUAAGAUGGCAUGUGAUUGCAGAUCGCUUCGAAUGGCCCGGGCAUACGCGGACAAUAGAUGACCUACGAGAGCGCUACUUUGGCAUCGCGCACGCGCUUCUGGCCGCUAGAGGCACCGCAGCCGUCGACUUGACGCCUUACAACUUCAACAAACCCCGCGAACUGGAGCGAAAGAAGAAUCUCGAAAUCUUAUAUUCUCGAACCGCUGAACAAAUACGCGAAGAAGAACACCUCUUCUAUGAGCUCCGCAGGCGUGAGCAGAAAGAGGACAAGCUGUUGAGGGAACGCGAGACCGUGUGGCAGCUGCUACGCGAUAAUGAACUGAAGGGAUCGGUAGUCAAAGAGAUGAUUGGAACAUCGCUGGCAGGUGGCCUGCCCACAUCGGAUAAGGCGUUGGAUAAACUGAAGAAGAGGAGGUCGCUGACGGUAACAGGGAGGAGGAAUACAUCUGUGGAUGCAGAUGAUGCAGCCACGCCGACAUCUAUAUUACCCGGAGAUGCUGGAACGGCUCGAAGGAGGAAAGUGAAGGACGAAGACUCACCGGAACACGAAGAACCCUCCGCCCUGAUGAAACGCAUGGGCCCCGGCGUCUUCGCGCGCUCACAAAAACUGCUGCCCGCUCCCAAAGCAUCCCUCCUCCCGCGCAUCCAAGACAUGAUGCGGGAGCUCUCCGUCGAGCACAAUAUCAAACCGCACAUGCCAACCGCCAACGUGUGCGAGAUGUUUGUCCAGCUGCAGACGAACUGCCAGACUUUGCUCGAGUUGAAGAAAGUUGGCGAUAAGGUGGACUUUGAGUUGAAUAAGUUGAGGAUUAGGGCGAGGGAUGUGGCGGGGAAUGCGGCGGUUGAUGGGGGGUCGUCUGUGCCACGGAAGCGCGCAUCUGUAGGUACGCCAUCGUCGUCCACCCCAGCCGGCAACGUGAAGCGACAACGAAACGGGUGA